UUACACUUAAAAAAAAAUUACUUUCACUGAGGCAUGUACGUACGUGACCGUGCUGGUUAAAUCUCAAAUGGCACCUGUUUGUAUACGUAGUGCACUACAUAGGCUGUAUAAAACAGUAGUACGCCUAUAUAGUAGGGCGGUAGGCUAUUUAGUAGGACGCCAUUUUGAUUUUCGUUCUUGGUUUGCAGCGCAUGCGCAGUGGAGCAGGAAACCGUGAAGGCGCCAUCUUAGGUGUAAGACGUGUUUUUGUUCUUAGCGUGUUCGGAAACCUUUUUGUUAACUAAAUUCUGAAUAUGUCUAGCGGUGGAGUGAUCCGAGGACCUGCAGGAAACAACGACUGUCGGAUUUAUGUGGGGAAUCUGCCUCCUGAUAUUCGCACCAAAGACGUCGAGGACGUGUUUUAUAAAUACGGAGCGAUCCGUGAUAUCGACCUGAAAAACCGAAGAGGAGGACCACCUUUCGCUUUUGUUGAGUUUGAAGACCCGAGAGAUGCAGAAGAUGCUGUGUAUGGAAGAGAUGGCUAUGACUACGAUGGCUAUCGUUUGCGGGUGGAGUUCCCCAGGAGUGGCAGAGGUGGAGGAAGAGGUGGAGCGGGAGGUGGAGCUGGGGCUCCCAGAGGCAGAUAUGGCCCUCCGUCCCGCCGUUCUGAGUACAGGGUCAUAGUUUCAGGACUCCCUCCUAGCGGAAGCUGGCAGGACCUAAAGGAUCACAUGCGUGAAGCAGGUGAUGUAUGUUACGCUGAUGUUUUCCGAGAUGGCACCGGUGUUGUGGAGUUUGUGCGCAAAGAAGACAUGACCUACGCAGUGCGAAAGCUGGAUAACACUAAGUUCCGGUCCCACGAGGGCGAGACAGCUUACAUCCGCGUAAAGGUGGACGGCCCACGCAGCCCAAGUUACGGGCGGUCACGCUCUCGUAGCCGCAGCAGAAGCCGCAGCCGGAGCAACAGCCGUAGCCGCAGCUACUCGCCACGCCGCAGCAGAGGAUCUCCGCGUUACUCCCCCCGUCACAGCCGCUCUCGCUCCCGCACUUAAACACCCACAAUACACCUAGCUCUCCAACCACACCCUCUGCGUCGCCCUCUGCUGGACCCACACUAGUCCUUCAUCACCCUCUUGACUCAACAUCGAUGUCUUUGGUUUACAGCGGAAUUUCCUGAGAUUUUUUUUUUUUAAAGUGGUUUAGCUAACAAGAUCAAAAUGAAAUGUAGCUAAGUGGAUGUUUCCGUUUGUCUUCCUCCUCCCUCAUCUUAAAAAGAAAAGAAGGAAAAAAAAAAGCACCUUUCCUAGUGUUCUAUCCUGUCUUAUCAUAUCUCUCCCCCUCUUCCCUUAUGUCUUUUGUUCUGCAUCCAUAUUUUAACUGGUGUUUCAUACCCCAUUGUAUGACACUUGUUAGACUAGGCUAGAUAUCCAUGCGCGAAAAAUGUCUUGUUUGAGAAAUUGGCUACUGUUUUUGUUAGGGGUUGGGAUGGGGUAAGUAGGGUUUUAAUUUUGUUGGUUAGGAUUUUUUUGUUGCAAAACUGUUCUAUUUUUACCUUUUCAUGUGUCUUUCUAUAGACAACAGAGGAGCAGGAUUAAAGAAUGCUUUGGAAUAAAGGAUUGUCAAGCACAGUUCAUUCAUAUUAGGAUAAAGCGUUUUUGGAGGAGGAGGAGCAGGCAUUUCAAUUUUGGCAAUGGUAUGAUGACAAGCGUCUUUAGUCACCUUCAAACAAAUUGCAGGUUUUUUUUUUUUUUCUCCCCCUUCAGACUUUCAGUAAUUUUUAAAUUUUCUUAGUGAAGUAACACAUUCGUUUUUGCUUUGCCAUUUUACCCUCCUUUUAUAUUUUCCCCCCUCUCUUUUUUUUUUUUCUUUUUAAUUUGAUCUUUUCUUAAUUGGCCUUUAGUGCCAAUCAUGCAUGUGUUCUCUGUCUUGAUGCCAUGCUCGUGCAUACAUCAGGGUUUUUUGUUCGUUUGUUUUUUGUUUUAAUGCUUGUCCAAAUACAAAACAUUUGUCAUGUUAAGUGGACUUGGACUGUGCCAUUCUAGAGCAAUCACACACACGCAAUCUCACACACACACACCCCUCAGGAGGUACUGAUGGAUGGAAGAAGGUUUGCCCUGUACACUUGUACCAAUGUAAAUUGCAAAUCCAUUAAGGAAACGUUGCUUUUUUUUUUUUUUUUUUGUUAUUGUUGUCUGAUGAUGAUGGUAGUGUAACGUUAAUUUGGUGCUUAAAAGUUUUAUCAUAUAUAUACAUAUAUAUAGUUCAAUACUCCUUUAUGCUUUGGAAAAAAAAAAAACCACACAAUACACCGCUCCUAUAAUAAUCUCUAAGAAGCUUUUGAUGUAGCUGUGAUUCUAACUUGAUCCCUCUUUUUGAUUUUGCUGGUAUUCAAAGGUUUGGAUUGGAGGAGGGACACACUGUCUCCCGAUCCUUGGAGCCGGAUCAUUGGAUCAGUUCAGGAUCAGGAGCAGGAUUAGGAUUAGGAUAAGGAUGGAUACAUACAUGGAGCAGGAUCAAUUUACCGGGAGCGGGAACCGUAGGAGAGGAUCCCAACCCCCUCGCCAAACCGCACUUAAUGGAGAUGAUAAAAAGCAGGAAACCUUUUCAAUUGGCCUUUCGUGAACCAAAUUUAUUCCCCCCCCCCCUUUUUUUUUUUGUUUUUGUUUUUGCGGAGCCAGACCAGAGGCGCACGCUGAAGGGAUCCUGCGGUUGUUUUUCUUUUAUGAGAUGAGUUUUUGGUAUAAAGUGGAGCAGAGCCAGGAACCGCGAGGCUGGAUCAGUUGCUUUGGAUGGAAUCCACAUGAGGAGCUGGGUAAAUAGAGGGAUUUAAGGUUUGGGGAGGGUGGGCUGGGAGGUUCAUAAUGAGGGGGAUGUUUUGUAGUUUGUUUAGGGAUUCAAAUAUACAAAAUUCUGCAUUUUUAGAUUUUGUGUGUUGAAAUUUGGUGGGAUUUUCUGAAUUGGCUACUUCUGAUUUCUAGUUUGUAGUGUUUGUUUUUUUUCUUCUCUUUCAAUAAAGUUUGGAAAUCCA